CGCUGCAUUCGCAUAAAUGGCAGCGUACAUGUUUCAUUGUCAUGAUAUUUCACAUCACACAUGAGUGUUACGAAUAUAAUUAAACGUUUGGGCUCUUAAUUAUCUGAUCGUUGCUACGAAUGGCUGGGGCGCGUGUAAAGGUUGUAGGAAUAGAGCAGAUGGCAAAGUUACGCGUGGUUUCUACACGAUACCUAUUGUCCGACUGCAUGAAGGUGACCAGACGAGGAUUUUGAGCGAAGAGAGACGUCGAGUUUGGCUCGCAAAUAUAAACAGGAAGAAUGCACCAUCGAAAUACUCCAAGGUCUGCUCGGAUCAUUUUGUGAAAGGUAAACCAGCUGACCUGUAUGACCGCUCACAUCCCGACUGGGCUCCUACAUUGCUGCUUGCGGACACACUGACUCUAAGGAACUCACAUAAAAAGAUCUUGAAGGGGGAAACAGACUUAAAAAGGUACAACCGAAUAAGAGGAAGAAGUGAAACUAGAGAGAAGCACAGCGCAGCUAGGACUCUUCUAGAUCUGUUCGAACAAGGCCCGUCAGAACCGGAACACAUAGCAACACCAUCCGUCAGUGGAAAGCCAUGUACGUUUCGAUUAGAUGGGAAAACAGAACCACCAAACCACAAGUCGCAAUUCCGGUCAACCAGAGCCAAGUUGACAGUGAGGUUCAGCGUCUCAUGACUGAGAAUAUGGCAUUGAAGUCUCAGUUAAAUUCAUUUAGAUAUUCUCAAGAAAGCUUCGAGGGGAAUGAUGAGAAAGUAAAGUACUACACGGGUCUACCUAGUUACCUGGCUUUAAUUUCGUUGUUGGAACUUGUGGUGCACUUCAUACCUAGCGUGAAAGGGUCAAAUCUAGGAUCAUUUGAACGUUUGACAAUGACCCUCAUGAGAAUUAAGCUAAACCUCCCUAUACAGGACCUGGCAUAUCGAUUUCAAACAUCAACAUCUACAGUUUCAAGGACAUUCUUGGUAGUACUGCAUGUGCAGACAACAAUGCCUCUAGAAUUCAGGAAACAUUUCGGAAAGAAGACAGCAGUAAUAAUAGAUUGUUUUGAAGUGUUUAUUCAGCGACCUAAAAAUCUUCUUGCCAGAGCGCAGACUUGGUCAUCAUACAAGCACAAUAAUACAGUGAAAUUUUUGAUUGGAAUUACACCACAGGGCUCUAUAUCAUUUUUGUCUAAUGCGUAUGGUGGCAGAGCCAGUGAUAAAUAUAUCACUGAGCAUUGUGGCUUAUUGAAUAAACUCCUGCCAGGUGACCUAGUUUUAGCCGAUAGAGGUUUUGACAUUGCCGAUAGUGUUGGUUUGUGUUGUGCACAAGUGAACAUUCCGAGUUUUACAAAAGGGCGUUCCCAAUUAUCUCCUGUUGAUGUAGAGACAACAAGACAAAUUGCCCAUGUAAGGAUACAUGUAGAACGGGUAAUUGGGCUUGUAAGAAAUAAAUAUAAGAUGUUACAGGAAAAGCUGCCAGUUGACUUUUUGAUUAGCGAUGAGGGAGCAGUUCCUGUAGUGGACAAGAUAGCAACAGUUGCAUGUGGGUUAACAAAUAUGUGUGAAUCGGUGGUUUCCUUUAAUUAGAAGAACUGAAUGUACAAAUGUAUUGCUUUAUUAAGGAUAUAUAUUCAGGCUUGGUAAAUGAUAUUCGGUUGAAAUUUCAAUACCCACAGCUAUGUAUAUAUAUAUGUAGAAAAUAAAUAAAAUAAAUGGAAAAAAACUUUUUGAAAUAAUUCUA